AUGGCAAAUGAUUUUUUAAAGCGAAAUUCCUUUGACAUUAGUGUGGAUAAAGUUUCUGAACAAAAUGAAAUCAAAAAAAAUUCAUCUGAUCUUGAACUUUUAAGAGCCAAAUUUGAUUUGAUUGAAACGGACAGAAGAGCUUUAGUGCAUUGGUAUAUAAAUUUAGCUUUCGUGAACAAAAAAUUGGUAAUUGUGAACGAUGUGCUAUAUGGAGCUGUACUAAUAAAUAAAUCUGAAGUAAUGGAUUCAGCUUUGUCAAAUCGGCAUUUGAUGGAGGCAGAUGAGGUCAUAACGUUAUUUAGUUUUUUAGAAGUGGCCAACACCUUAAAAAUGUCGGGAAACACAGACUUACACAAAAAAAGCAAAUAUUGCAUAUUCAAGAAGGGCAAAUGUCCUUUGAUGUUCAAAGAUGGGUGGAUAUAUUGGGACGAUGGUGGUUCUUGGCUUUGGACAACUACGCAGAUGUCAUCAGGUACGUUACCGGAUGGCACUUUUAAUCGCAAUACAAAAAUUGAAUAUUGUUGCCGUGUCGAUGGUCAAGCCAGUGUUCCAAUAAUCUUACCGACGCAACAACCGUUCUACUUGCUACAGUAUGGAGACACCUGUCAAGAGGUUCAAGAUAUGCUGGUACGAGAAGAGUGGUUGUAUUGGGUGGAUGAAUGGGUGAUGAAUUAUAACAAAGCUGAAGGUUUCCAUCCACGCAUCAUCAGAAACCCAAAAUAUACAACACUUCUCUACUAUUGCUAUUACUAUUCUAUUUCUGGCACCGAUCCCACCGACCCUAGAUUGAGCUCAUAUUUACAACGCAACAACAAAUUUAAAAAUUCAAACAACUCUAAUUACAGUUUUGGUUGGCAGACAUUUCUGACAAUAUUUUAUGUUACCGCAGCAGUUACAGGCAUGAUUUUUCUACUGGCCAUACUGUUAGCAGGAGGUCAAAGAU